AUGGCGUCGCAGAGUUGGAUUGCUGAUAGAGUGGUAGACAUGUUGAAGGACAAACCAAUAAUGACACCUAAAGAGUUGCAAGAAAGGAUCAAAACGAUAUACAAGCUAGAUGUCCCAUAUCACAGGGUUUUCAGGGGUAAAGAGAAGGCCUUGGAAAUUUUAUAUGACAAGUGGGAUGAUAGUUAUGAGCUGCUCCUAGCUUAUAAAGCUGCCCUUCUUACAACUCUUCCUGGAAGCAUUGUUGAGUUAGACAUAGAAGAAGACAAUGGAAAUGUGUGCUUCAGAAGAUUCUUUGUUGCCCUUAAGCCAUGCAUUGAUGGGUUCAUAGAAGGAUGUCGCCCCUAUAUUUCUAUGGACUCUACCCAUUUGACAGGAAGGGCUAGAGGUCAGUUGGCAGCUGCUGUUGCUAUUGAUGGCCAAAAUAAACUAUUUCCAGUGACAUAUGGGGUGAUUGAGACGGAGUCCAGUGAUAGUUGGACAUGGUUUGUUCUAAACUUGAAUAAAGCCAUAGGCACUCCUCCAGGGUUGGUCAUCAGCACAGAUGCAGGCAAAGGGAUAGAGAUUGCCGUUGAUCUUGUGUACCCAAGAGUUGAGCAUCGGGAAUGUAUGAGGCAUCUUUGGAAGAACAUGAAGAAGAAGUUCCAUGGGACUUUGUUUGCUCAACACAUGUGGGCUGCUGCCAAGACAUAUACUGUCCAAGGCCGAGAGUACCACUUGGGUAAGAUAAAGGAGAAGUGCCAAGAUGCAAUAGAUUGGUUGGAUGAGCAUCAUCCCUAUUGUUGGAGUAGGAGUACAUUUUCAGACCUUUGCAAGGUGGACUACAUCAAUAACAAUCUUUCUGAGUCAUUCAAUAGUUGGGUGUUCAAAACCAAAGACUUGCAGAUUAUGGAGAUGCAUGAGAGGAUAAGGAAGAUGAUUGUAACCAAGUUUGAGGUGAGAGGUAAUCUUGCUAGAAAGAUGGAUGGCCGAAUAAUCCCAGAGAUUAUCAAAUACCUCAGUGCUAAAAGCAAGGACAUCAAGGACCAUAAGGUUCUAAGAUGUGGAGAUGGCAUAGUUGAAGUAACUGUAUCCACUAUUACACAUGCAGUUAACUUGGAAGAAAUGACUUGUAGCUGUAGGGCGUGGCAAAUAAGUGGAAAGCCAUGUACUCAUGCUCUAACUUUCAUUGCAGAGCUAAGUAGACAUGUGCAUAUGGAUGACUUUGUGGAUGAAUGCUUCUCUGUUGAGAGGUUGAGAAAAGCAUAUUCUGGCGUCUUCAAGCCUAUGACACCAAAGCAUUUGUGGCCUAAGGUUGAUCUAGGCUACAAAAUCAAUAAACCUAAAUUGAGGAGGAAACCAGGAAGACCUAGGGUCUCUGCGAUGAAGGGUUCUGAGGAGGGUGGAAAAAGGAAGAAGAAAUGA